AUUUGACUGGCGAGAACGCUAACACAUGUUGGCUCAGCUUGUAUAAAGCUCUGUAUGUAACACACAGCCACCUAGUAAGUUUGUAAACUUUGCCUUUGGUUUAGUCUCUGGGAGUACAUAUUACCUACUGUGUUCUAUCACAAGUUGUCAAAGAUGAUUCUCCGAAGAUAAGAACAUCCGUUAAUAUAACUCCAUCAGGUAAUGGACUAUACCUCACUUGACGGCGAAGACACCUCGUUGCCUGCAGAUGGUACUGGUGUUCCUCCUUUAAAGCGUUCACCGAAAACGAAGGGAACUAAAGUUACAUUUGGUAAUUCAAGCACAGACAGUUCACCAAAGAGUCGUUCUUCUCGUGAAGAGGAAGAGGAAGGAUUUAGGUCACACGUUGCUGAGAGUUUGGGUCUGAAGAACUUGUCAGAGCUUGACAAGGACAUAGCUGAAAGAACCAGAGAGCCACCACACGAAAUCAUGGAACAAGGUAGUGAAUCUACGAAAGAGUCCUACAAUGCUGGCAUUCCUAUAACUGGGCAUAGUUCUGAUGAGGAGGAGACGCCAAGACAAGAACGAUAUUCAGAAUCGGACAUUGGGACCAUCCUGGAUGAAAGUACUGACGGCAUGGUUGAAUAUGCAGCCAAUUACAAUGAUGAAUCACAAAACUCUUCCAAGAGACCCAUAGGUCAAAUCACUUCGCCAGUUGAUAAUGCUUCAUCUGACCAAAAAGCGAUAGGUGAGGAUGAUAAAAUUGACGAAAAGGUGCCAAAAGAUACAAAUAACGCUACACUGGCAGGCGAAUAUACGCCUGGUCCACCGAUAGAAUAUGAGGCUGUUGGUGAUAAACCCCCUUCAGGGACUAUUGCCCUGAACAGAAGGGAACUGAAAGAACCAGAUGGAGCAUCAGGACCUUCAUCUCCUGCUACCGCCCCUCCGACAGAAUCCGCUGAUCAGGAGCCAUUCCUUGUACAGCCCUACGGGAAGUACUCCUCAGAGAAACCCUCUGAUCCACCCAAAGAAGACAUUGUACAAUCCCUAGUUCCCAAGGAACAGGAUAUAGACCGAAAUGAAAAUGGUUCCGAAGCCUCCAAGUCUACUGAAUCUCAGAUUCCGGAUAUUCCUAAUACAAACAUCGCCGUUGCCUUCCUUGUAACCCUAUGCUUUAAUUUCCCAUUGGGUGCCUUGGCCAUUUACUACGCAUUGAUGUCCGCCAAAGCUUACAGAGAUGGUGAGAAGAAGAAAGGCGCUAAGAGAGCCAGGAUAUCAAUUUACAUAAGUCUCUUCUCUAUAGUGUUGACAGUGCUGAUUGUGAUGGUGGUGGUCUUGUUCAUGGCUAUGAAUCGGCAGGCUAGUAGGAAACGGUUUUCGACCAAAACGAGCAUAUCUUUAUGAAGUGCGUCACGACAAAACGGGGAAGUUCGAAAAAUUGCUUUAUGUAAUUUUGUUUAUAGUUUCACUACUUCAUCGAUGGUCACUUUCCGAGGGAACUCAACUGAAGCUGUGAGCAGGUGAUUGCAAAUAUCCGUUGAAGAACUAAGAACAUUGACAAUCUUUUCAAUUCCAAGGUGGCAUUUUGAGCACUACAUCACACUUACGAUGGAAAGUGAAAGCACGUGUAAGCGUUGCAUGCAGUGGUUUUAAUAUUGACAUGUCAUAUGUGAUUCCGUUCAUAAUGUACGAGUUGUCGGUGAAAACAUGGACCGAAAAUGUCGAGUUAAGGCUUGAACAAUCUCUCGAUUUAUGUGAAAGUUUAUUUUAUAAAACAUGACAACAUCACCUUGUGUAUUUUGCAGGUUGUGCCUUUUAUACAAUCUAUGCCAUGCUACAACUAUAUUUUCCACCAAGUUGUUCUUUGUAUUCGGUUUACACAAAUCUGAACUAGUCUUUAUGGUUCACACAGAGAAGUAAGCCAAUGUGCACUGAUAACACUUUAUGUCUCAUAAUUCAUGAGAAAACGUGAUAAAAAGUCACAUCUGAAGAAGACUAUGAUAUAUUUUCGCUUUUUAUUUGAUGUUUCAAGGUGAAUACAAACAGAGGGGACUUGUGUACUUGGAUAUGUUCUUAAGAAUGUUGCCCCAUGUUCUGAAGUGUUGCACAGCUCUCCUUUUGAUAUACUAUGAUUGUAAACAAUUAUUGAUUUACUUAUUGAACAAUACAGAAUUGAUGCAAACACGAAUGUCUUUGACAAACAUAUGAUGGCAUUAUAUACCUGUCGUGUUCCACAGCCAAGACACCUGGGUGCUGUUGUAACAAAGUGAUCUUAGCGCUAAGGUGACCGUAACUCCCAUACCAUAACAUAGACUUAAGGUAGUCUUAGCGCUAAGGUUGUUUUGAACUACGGCACCCUGACCGAGAAUGAUUCCUAUUACUUAGAGACGUUUUAUCAUACUUUGGCUGGAAAAGUUAUCUUUAUAAUUGAUUUGGAUAUGUGUUAUUAAAACAUGAGUGAGGUAAAAUAUUUUACUGGCCUAGUAUCCUGACAAUAUGUAUGUAGAUAACGGAGUGUAAUGUGUUUGAUUAAAGGUGAAAAGUGCCAAACUCAAAAUGUCACAAACUGUUCACAUUUAGCCACACUGGUUUCAGUAAUUCCAGCAUCAGCACUUAUAUUAUCAUUUGUUUCAUAGUGGAUGAUACUGAUGCCCAAGGCGCCGCAAUUAGCUGUGAAGAGUUGCGUCCCUUUAUCGCGCUGUAACACUAUGGUUCGCUUCGCAAGUUCGCCCAGAUUAUGGUUUGUCUGUACCCGUGAUGUUUUGUUUUACAAAAGGUGGGAAGGAUCAUGGCUGCAUUAAUUCGGGCUUCCACGGUAAGUUGACAACCCGUGAUAUAACUGGAAUACUUUUAAAAGCUGUGUUGAACCCAACUCACUCACUCACUCACUCAGUUUAAUUGUGUUAUCAUGUCAUCGCGUAAUCUGUGAUAUUGAUGUAAAUUAGAGUUGUUCAUGUUAUGGCGACGAAGUCGGAAUGUGGAUUUUCAAUGAAAGGUUUGUUUAGUGCUCAUUCAGCAUGUUGCUAUUUUCUGUUUAAAUUCCUUUCUCAUUUCCUUUUUUUCAAAGUAAACAUCAGUAACGUACUUACUGGCAGCGGUGUUUGACUGUUUUAUUGCAUUAUGUGAUUAUACCAUUUCACUCGAAGCGAACAGGUAUAAGACUACUUAAAUCGUUUAUAUGGAUGGCAUAUUGUAAAAGCGCCUUACAACCCAACUUCUCCAUUGUGAUGAAGCUCAUUAGAUAGACUGGACAUGUACGCUAAACGUGUCCCCGAAUGUUCCAACAUCUGUCUCUUAUAGUCUAGGUCUUGCAGUUAUUGCUCUGUUUGUAGCAUUUUGAGACACAAUGACACAUUACUGAAUGAUUUACUCAAACUUCCCCCGGCUGUCACACUACCGGAGCCCGCUCCCCUCUAACUGGAGAUAUCUGGUACACACGCACACGCCCACGCACACGCACACACAAGAACCCCAUUCCUUAAACACCCUCACCCACCCACACGUACACACACAAGGACCUACGCACACGUACAUACACACAUGUAAGACCCCCAUACCCUCAACACCCUCACACCAAACCACAUAUACAAGUACACACGUGUGCUCUCUCUCUCUCUCUCUCUCUCUCUCUCUCUCUCUCUCUCUCUCUCUCUCUCUCUCUCUCUCUCUCUCUCUCUCACACACACACACACACACACAC